UAGACUUUUAUUUUUCCGUCAGUUUCAUUAUUUCCGUCACUUUUCCUAAAGUGUUUUCUUUUGUGUUGUAGAGAUGGAUUCUGCGAAGCAAAGGAUACGGGCUGCCGCAGCUCGUCAGAAGGAGGAGAGGAAGGCCAAGGAAGCAGGGGGGGAAGCCUCGUCAACCCCCACGGCCGUCGCCAAAGUGGCGAAGAGGAAACCUGACGGGAGUGACGGCCGUCCCUCAAAAAAGCCUGCCGUCACUCCGUCAGUCGAACCAUUGAAGGAAAAGUCCCCUCCGACGUCUGGCCAUGGUGCGGGAAAGGGGGUGAUGACUUCUGCUGGUCCCGUCACUGAGGGUCCGUGCCGUCUCCUAACCCACAAAGAAUAUGCCGUCGGGGAGGUUGAGUCCCUGAUAAAACCAACGGACAUGGAGCCCUGUGAUCAAGUAGGGACGGAGGAUUUAGGGGCGUCGGCCCUCUUUGAUCUCUCCAGGGCCUUGGUUCGUGUCAAAGCCCUCCGUGACCGUUGCGUGGCGAAGGAGGGGGUCGUCAGUCGAGUUCGCAGCCAUAACAAGAACUUGCUGAAUCAGCAGGCUCAGUAUAAGGAAGCCGUCCGUCUUCUUAACCAGGAGCUGCAGGAAGUCAAGGAGAAACUGACGACGGUCAGUGGCGAGAACGUCAAGCUCCAAGGAGAGGUGACGGCUCUGGAGGAGAAGUUACAGACGGCGGGGGCUGACGCGAUUGGACACUUCAAAACGUCGCAGUCAUUUAUUGACUCAUGUGGUCAAUAUUACGGCACUGGGUUCGAUGACUGCCUUCGACAGGUCGCGUCGGCCUUCCCAGAGCUGGACUUAUCUGGGAUUUCAAUGGAUGAUGGAGACGACGUCUCUCUUCAACCAGAACCCACUCCGGAGCGUGACGGCUCGGUAGUCCUGGCUCAGCCUGCUGCUAAUCCUACAGCUUCAGAUUCUCCAACCGUUAUCGUGGAUGUUGAAGAUCAUCAGGCUGACGGAAAUCCUGCUGACGCUCCUCCUGCUUAA